AGAGAACGAGCGAGAGAGAGUGUGUGUGCCUGUGCCUGUGUGUGUGUGUGUGUGUGUGUGUGUGUGUAGUACAGCUAGAGAACUCCAGAGCUGGAGCGAGCGGACUCGCCAGAGAGAAUGAGAUUAAGCGAGCCAGAUGGAGAUUGCGAGGUGGAGAGGUACGAUGCGAGGGAGAUGGACCGUGAAGCCCAGCUCGGCACGGCCCUCGCCGUCAUCUGGUGCGAGCUGCACUGUCUCCAUGACGACAUCUCCUACAUGAUGGAUAUGAUUCGGAAUCAGAGGAAUCUGGAGGGAUAUGUGGGCUUUGCCAACCUCCCCAACCAGGUGUACAGGAAGUCCGUCAAGAGGGGCUUUGAGUUCACGCUCAUGGUUGUCGGUGAGUCUGGAUUGGGCAAAUCUACGCUCAUCAACUCCCUCUUCCUGACUGACCUGUACUCCAAGGAAUACCCUGGCCCGUCCUUGCGCAUCAAGAAGACUGUACAGGUUGAGCAGUCCAAAGUCCUGGUGAAGGAAGGAGGUGUCCAGCUCACACUGACCAUUGUAGACACACCAGGAUUCGGAGAUGCAGUGGACAACAGCAACUGUUGGCAGCCAGUUAUCAACUAUAUUGACAAUAAGUUUGAAGACUUCCUGAAUGCAGAGUCACGCGUCAACCGAAGACAGAUGCCUGACAAUCGGGUCCACUGCUGCCUGUACUUCAUCGCCCCCUCUGGCCAUGGCCUGAAGCCUCUGGAUAUCGAGUUUAUGAAGCGCCUGCACGACAAAGUCAACGUGAUCCCACUCAUCGCCAAGGCCGACACACUCACGCCAGAGGAGUGCCAGCUCUUCAAGAAACAGAUUAUGAAGGAAAUCCAGGAACACAAGAUCAAGAUAUACGAGUUUCCGGACACAGACGACGAUGAGGACAGCAAGCUUAUCCGCAAGAUCAAGGACCGCAUGCCGUUGGCCGUGGUGGGCAGUAACGUAGUGGUUGAAGUCAACGGCCGCAAGGUCAGAGGCCGCCAGUAUCCCUGGGGCGUGGCAGAAGAGGGCAUUUUUGUGGAGAAUGGCGAGCACUGUGACUUCACCGUCCUCAGGAACAUGCUGAUCAGGACUCACAUGCAGGACCUCAAAGACGUGACCAACAACGUCCACUACGAGAACUACCGCAGCAAGAAGUUGGCCGCUCUCACGUGUAACGGCGUCGACACCACCAAGACCAAGGGCCAGUUGACAAAGAGUCCCCUGGCCCAGAUGGAGGAGGAGAGGCGAGAGCAUGUGAUGAAGAUGAAGAAGAUGGAGACUGAGAUGGAGCAGGUGUUUGAGAUGAAGGUCAAAGAGAAGAAACAGAAGCUGAAGGACUCUGAGGCAGAGUUGGAACGACGCCAUGAGCAGAUGAAGAAGAAUCUGGAGGCCCAGUACAAGGAGCUGGAGGAGAAGAGACGCCAGUUCGAGGAUGAGAAGGCCAACUGGGAGACACAGCAGCGCAUUCUGGAGCAACAGAAGCUGGACGCCUCCAAGACCAUGGACAAAAACAAGAAGAAAGGAAAGAUCUUCUGAGAACACACGGCCAAGCUUUCACUCUGAUCACCAUUCUUCAGACUGCGUUUUGCUUUUUUAAUGCUCAACAUGAUUUAGGACCCACACACACACACACACACACACACACACACACACACAUGUGCUAGCACACACUCACACUCACUCACACGGUCAGCACAUUAACAUUUAAUGUACCUCAGACAUUCCAUUUUAACAUUCCAUCGUCGUGUACAUAAUUUAACUUGCUCAGUUGUUUUGGAGAUUUUUACAUUGGCCUUAUGUGUUAACUGCACACACCCAAAAGCCCUGUUCUCUCCUGACCGGUGGUGUCGUUUGGGUUUGUAUGUACGUACGUAAGUUAGCGAGAACGUCGCUAGUCAUGACAAAGAGGCGAACGCACCCCUCUGCUCCUCGAGCUGCUGCUCCUCCUUAUGAUACCCGCUGUUAUGAUGACCAUUGCUUCUUUCGCCUCCCGAGCUUCCUUCUGUGGCACGGUUGAGUGUUGCUGGACGAGGCGUCUACUGCACGCUUGUUUGGGUGUGUGAGCAAGCACGGUAGUAUAUAGGUACUGUAGCUCUCGCAGAUCGUCCACACACACACACACAUACACACACACAUGCGCGCAUGCUCACAUACGCACACACUAAGUAGGCACACGCAUGUGACCAUGGGAAGUAUGGCUUGGAGAGCAAAAGGUGCUUGAACGUGUUAAGGGAACCAGAAUGAACAAAUAAGUUGUUGGGUAUGCCGACGGAGAGGUGUUGCAGAUGGCAGGUUAAAAGUGGCACAAAUGUAAGUGACGGGCAUUUUACUGUGGAGGGUUAGCUCUUUCUCCCACUCGGCAUUUGCACUGCUGGGUUGAGAGUGUGUUUGUGUGCUGGUGCGUGUGCGUGUGUAAGAGUGAAUUCAACUGUACAUUACAGAAGCUGGGGAGGUGUCAUAGAUAUUGCCUGUCAUAUUUUUUUUAUCGUUAUGUUUUUUUUUAUUUGUUUUACCCAACCUUUACAAUGCCAUGUUACUUUCAGAAGACCCUGUCCAGCAGUAAGGCCUCUCCUGUACACAUGUUUGCUUUGAUGUGUAACUUAUGUCUCCCUGUUAGAUGGUGGUAUGCAAAAUAGCAUGAGUGGCAAAAGUAACAAUAACAGAUUUUUUUUAAUGACUUGAUUACAUUGAUAUUAAUAAUGAGAAAGAUGUGACAGAUCUGUCACCCCUCUCCACACUCCAUGCCAAGAAACAGAGUUUAGGACGGAGAGCUAUGGCCCCAACUCUUGUUUUUUUUAUAUAUUAAUAUUAUUAUUAUUAUUAUUAUUAUUAUGAUAUUGUGAAGUGAUGGAUCUCGUUUUCGAAGCCCUACCUGUAGAUCCUCCAUGUUUCUUGCCCUUGACUGUAAAGAGUAUGCAGGCUUUGGUCCACUGCAACCAACUGAGGCUCCCCCCCCCCCCCCGAACCCCACCCCCCACAUGCAACCUCUCACCUCUUGGAGCAACAACCCUUCCAAACUGACCUUGCAAUGAUUUGUAUGGAUUACUUUAGUAUCUGUAUGUUGUUAUAUGUAGUACAUCUGAACUGAAUACUGGAUCUUAUGAUUUCUAUAGCAAACAGUCCGCAUAGAGUAUGUUUCCUCCAUAUGUUCUGUAAUGAACACGUUGUCACAUCUCAUGUUUUCAUACCCACAAUCCACUGGUUGACUUAAAGGCAGCCUAGCUAUCUGUCAGAUGGCGCAAUGCAGCCACGUGUGCAAAGAGUCGGUACAGUGUAUAUGGUUUAUUAUUUACUUCUUCAGUAGUAGAUGAGGAGGUUGCGUUGACAGGGAGAGGUUCACAUACACACCAUCUAACCAUACCCAGUGCAGUGACAGGACCCAGUUUUAUUGCUAGACCUGAAUAUGACUUUAGCUAUUUUAUUUUUGUUUGUUUGUUUUGUUUUAUUAUUGUUAUUAUUUUUUAUAUAUAAAUAUAUGUACACGGUUUUCAACUUUUAAUCUUUUUUGUCUUCAUUUUAUUAUAAUGUUCUCUAUACCUAACUGUAUAUUAUUAAUAUUAAAGAUGGAGAGGUGAUGCUACAA